ACUUCGUUAUCAUUGCUUUAAAGCCGCCAUUAAAUCCACAUUAAAUCACCUUUGAUUCACCAAAAUGGCGACUCUAUUAAGAAGACUUUCUGCUUCCAGGGUUAUUUCAGCAUCUGUUAAAGCUGCUGUUUUAGGUGCUGGAUCCGUGCACAAGUGCUCCAGGAUUUUCGCCAGUGAUGCCGUCCACAAAGCUUGCUUCUCAAAUGGUACUGCGCGGUGGGCUCCUGCAGUAACUCAGCAUGCACCUCACUUCAAAGGCACAGCUGUUCACAAUGGAGAGUUUAAAGAGAUCAGUUUGGAUGACUACAAGGGCAAAUAUCUCGUCCUUUUCUUCUAUCCCUUAGAUUUCACCUUUGUCUGCCCAACAGAAAUAAUUUCAUUCAGUGACAAGGCCAGCGAGUUCCACAGCAUUAAUUGUGAAGUUCUUGGUGUGUCUGUAGACUCGCAAUUUACCCACUUGGCUUGGGUAAACACUCCGAGAAAGACUGGAGGACUAGGUCAUAUCCACAUUCCCCUGCUGGCAGAUCUCAAUAAACAAGUGUCCCGGGACUAUGGAGUACUUCUGGAAGGCCCGGGUAUUGCACUGCGGGGACUGUUUAUCAUUGACCCUAAUGGAGUGGUGAAGCACAUGAGCAUAAAUGACCUGCCAGUUGGCCGCAAUGUUGAGGAAAUAUUUCGUCUGGUCAAGGCGUUCCAGUUUGUCGAGUCUCAUGGGGAGGUGUGUCCUGCUAGUUGGACCCCAGACUCCCCAACAAUUAAGCCAACUCCUGAAGGGUCAAAAGAAUACUUUGAAAAGGUCAACUAGAAUUAUUAAUUUGUGUGACCCAUGACCAUUAAAAGCUGCACUGAUAAUUUAGAAAUUUACAUUCUGUUGUGUUGAAUGUGUUUAAGGAAUGUUGAAAGUGUAAGGCCAAGCCAGAUGUUAGCAUAAUUGGAUUCAUAUAUGUAGCGAUUUCAAACCAUCAGCUGUGAUCUGAUUGAAAUUUUGAAUGGAUAUUAGGAAUGAUAGAAUUGAAUUUGGCAUUUAUCUAUGCAGGUAUACCUGUCUUUCUAGAAAUAAUGAGUAUGCCCACCAUUUAUUUGUAGUUUUUCACCCAGACAUAUAAAGUCUAAAAAAUGUAAAGUGUAAAGAUAAAAACCAAAAAAAUAUCUAUAAAAUGUUUCUCCUGCAUUUGUGUGAGCUGCUUCUACCAUGUGAGAAUUUUCAUUAAACACAACAACCAAUAA